CGCUCGCCACAUCGGAGCGGAUUCCUGGUCACGCAGUUCUUCCACCAGUGUUCCUGAAAUACUCUCUGUCGAGUUCCAUCAGUCAAUCAACAUUUGACACUUGAAAUAUUUUUAUUCAUGCUUUCUACAUCUGCUUCGUGUAAAUUGCAUUUCAAUUACUACUUGCAUUUGUCAAAGCUGUCUUGCUCUUAUUAAAAUCGUUGCAACCAGACAUUACUAUAGGGGAAGCUGAAGAGAAAGGGGGAAAGCAAUCGCUAAACUUACAAUUUCAGAAGAAUGUAAGUUCCACCUUCUCAUCUUUGUACAUGAAUUCUAAGAUGCAAUAGGAACUCUACACUAUUGACAGGACCGGGAACCUACUGGGGACAAUUUGAAGAAAUCUCCAAAUACAACACCCACCUCAAUGUGAUUGAAAGGCUGUGGACAGCGUGGUAUGCCUGGAUGCAGAAUGAUGUCCUCGCGACUGGCAUCAUGUCAUUUGUAAUGCAUGAAAUUGUUUACUUCGGUCGUUCUCUUCCUUGGAUUUUCAUAGACAGUCUGGGCUUACUGAACAAUUACAAAAUCCAAACCAAUAAAAUCCCAUCCUUGAAAGAACAAUGGGAUUGCGCCAAGUUCGUGCUUCUCAGUCAUUUCACUGUCGAAUUGCCGCAAAUUUGGCUAUUCCACCCGAUGGCUCAAUUCUUUGGACUGUCAACCUCGGUUCCUUUCCCUUCUUUGUAUACCAUGGCUUAUCAGAUUGCGAUAUUCUUUGUUCUGGAGGACACAUGGCAUUACUUCUCCCACCGUGCUCUUCACUGGGGUCCUCUCUACAGAGCUAUCCACAAAAUUCAUCACCAAUAUUCCGCACCAUUCGGCAUGGCUGCUGAGUAUGCUUCUCCCAUUGAAGUUAUGAUUCUUGGCUUUGGGACUGUGGGAUGUCCGAUUCUCUGGUGUGCAGUUACGGGGGAUCUGCAUAUAUUUACAAUGUAUGUUUGGAUUGUUCUACGGCUCUUCCAGGCUAUUGAUGCGCACAGUGGCUAUGAAUUUCCCUGGAGCUUACAUCAUUUCCUUCCAUUUUGGGCUGGCGCUGACCACCAUGAUCUCCAUCAUGAGAAAUUUGUGGGAAACUAUUCAAGCAGCUUCAGAUGGUGGGAUUACGUCUUGGAUACUGAAUAUUCUCCUGAUGCCAUUAAACGGAGAAGGGAGAACAAGGCUAUGAGGGAGACCAAGAAAGCUCAUGCAAACUUCGAUUCCCGCAGUGGGCUUCAACAAACCAAACUGUUAUAUAAAUUAAAAGAUUUAAAAAAAGAAUAA